AUCUCAACUGUCACCUCCCACGUGCACAGAAUCUGACGAGAGCGUGAGGUCUCCGGAGCACGGUGUGCUCCAAUUCAAGAUCUCGUAUGCUGAUCAUGUCACGUACUCUGACGUCGACAUGCGCCAGGACCCGUGCAAGAUUCAGUUGCGAAGAAGAUCUGUGAAGAGGUCCCCUGCAGACGAAAUGAAGCGGCCUUGGCUGAGUUUGAAAUCGACGAUUCGCAGAAAACCACAAUCUUCAAAUUCUCGGUCGUACCGCCAGGUGAACAGGUUCCCAUGGCAAACGGAGUUUCCGACGCUAGCCCUCCCUUGCAAGACGCCGAGUCCCUUGAAGAGGCCAGGGAACGUGAACUUAAGCAACAAUUGCAGGCUCGAAUUCGACGAACUGGAAACAAUGUACAGGCGGGUCCGUCGUCGGCUGCCUCGAAUCAGUCGCAGAAUGAGCCAGGACCAUCACGCACUAAUGCGACACAGCACGACCUCGAUGACGUGAUGUCGGAUGGUGAGGAGAUGAUCGACCUCACGCGAGAUACGGCCGAGCCAGAACCCGAUGAGAAUUUUAUCAAGAUGAUGUAUGAAAUGUUCAAAAUACGACUGGAGAAGGAGGAGAGGGAAAAGAAGAAAGGGAAGGGAAGACAGUACUGAUCUCAG